AUUGACUUUUAAAUCCUCAACUUUCAAAAAUAAGCCAAAAAAACCUUCAACUCCAAAAUAGGCCAUUUUAAACAUGAACUCUUGGUCAAACACGAAAAAAUCAUCAACUAUCGUUGACCAUGCCUAAUUAAACCUUUAAUUAAUGGUCCGUUAAAUAAUGGUUAACAGACGUUUAGUCACUAAACGUCGUCGUUUUGUCUAAACUAAAAAACCCUAAUCUAAUCGAGCAAAAGCCCCAAUUCAUCAACAUCAAAUCCCUAGUUUCUCAAUUCAUUUCUUUGCUAAGAGGGAAAAGAUGGGUCCGAAGAUGAGACGUAGCAACAAGAAAAAAGGUUCGAGUAGAGUUGAAAAAGAGGUUCAAACCGAGCAGACAGUAGUUGAAACUGUUGCAGAAAGAAACGAUGGAGGAAGUGGAGAAAGAGAAGCGGGUAAAGAAGGAGAAGCGGGUCAACAAGGAGAAGCGGGUGGAGAAGGAGAAGUGGGUAACGAAGGAGAAGCGGGUGAACAAGGAGAAGCGGGUGGAGAAGGAGAAGUGGGCAACGAAGGAGAAGCGGGUGAACAAGGAGAAGCGGGUGGAGAAGGAGAAGACGAUGGAGAAGAUGAUUGUGAAGCUAUUGUCGAUGAUGAUGAGGAUGAGCUAGAAGAGGACGAGGUCAAUGGAAUCAGAGUCGAUGAAGAAGAUUGUGAAGAUUUAGGAGUUCACUUUGGAGAUGUUGCUAGAGAACCAGAGGAAGAUAUUGAUGCAGACAGCGGCGACGACAUCUGGGAUGAAGAUACCAUUCCCGAUCCAUUAUCAUCUGACGACGACGAAGAAGCUGUGAUUCGUAAGGAGACGCGUGCCAAUACAGUCGACAGUGAAGAGCUCUUGUUCCUGGGAAAGACGUUCAACUGUGCUGCUGAUUUCAAGGUUGCAUUGCUAAGGUACUCUCUACGGACUAGGUAUGACAUUAAACUCUACAAGUCAAAUGCAAAGCAGCUUGGUGCAAAAUGUUCAGACAAAGAGACAGAGUGUCCAUGGAGAGUGUAUUGUUCUUAUGAGAGGAGGAAGCACAAAAUGCAGAUUAAAGUCUACAUCAAUGAGCAUAUAUGUCUGAGAUCGGGCUACUCUAAGAUGUUAAAAAGAUCAUCAAUUGCGUCAAUCUUCGAAGAUAGAUUGAGGAUAAACCCGAAGUUCACUAAGAAGGAAAUGGUUGCUGAGAUAAAGAGAGAGUUCAAUUUAAUUGUCACUGAGGAGCAAUGCGCGAAAGCCAAGUCAAAACUCUACCGAGAAAGGAAAGCUGGUCAUGAAUUACACUUCUCGCGCAUAUGGGAUUAUAAGGCAGAGCUGAUGAGAUCGAACCCAUAUUCUACUGUGGUGAUUGAGACUAUUCCAGGGGCUACUCCAACAAGCAAACAGCGAUUUGAUCGCAUGUAUGUUUGUUUUACAUCACAAAGAGAAACUUGGGUUGAAAGUUGUAGGCCUAUCAUCGGGUUAGAUGGUGCAUUCUUGAAGUGGGAUAUCAAAGGCCAUCUACUAGCUGCUGUUGGAAGAGAUGGAGAUAAUAGGAUAGUACCAAUCGCAUGGGCUGUGGUUGAGAUUGAGAAUAAUAUCAAUUGGGAAUGGUUUGUGAAGCUCAUCAAAGCUGAUUUGGGACUGGAAAGUGGUGCUAAGAUCACAAUAAUCUCGGACAAGCAAAAGGGACUGGUGAAUGCUGUGAAAGAAGAGCUUCCAGAUGCUGAACAUAGAAUGUGUGCAAGACACAUUUUAGCCAACUGGAAGAGAGAUAGCAAAGAUCCACAACUAGAGAUUCUAUUUUGGAGAAUAGCACGCAGCUACACCGAAGGAGAUUACAAGGACAAUCUGAAAGCCCUUAGGGAUUUUAGUCCAGGUGCGUAUGAUUCUCUACUUAGAACAAACCCUGAAGCAUGGUCUAGGGCUUACUUUAGAAUAGGAUCAUGUUGUAAUGACAACCUCAACAACCUUAGUGAGUCUUUCAAUAAGACCAUAAAGGAAGCCAGAAAGAAACCGUUGCUUGAGUUAUUAGACGACAUAAGGAGACAGUGUAUGGUUCGUAAUGCCAAAAGAGCUUUGGUAGCUUCACGGUUGAAGACAAGAUUCACUAAGAGAGCACAUAAGGAAAUAGAAGCUACUAAAGAAAAGGCAAAGGAUUGCAGAAGGUUUACAGCUUGUGGAGAUCUUCAUGAGAUUGUAGAAUCUGAUAUUGCAUACACGGUGGAUAUGCAAGCUAGAACUUGCGGCUGUAUAAAGUGGCAGUUGACAGGCAUACCGUGUAUCCAUGCCUCAUGUGUUAUCAUGGCGAAGAAGCUAAGCUUUGGUGACUUUGUGUCUAACUAUUACACAGCGAACAUGUGGCGGUUAACCUAUUCUCGUGGUAUUAGACCUGUUCAAGGUAUGAAAUUAUGGCCUAGACUUAAUAGGUUACCUGUCUUACCACCGCCCUAUAGAUUAGGAAACCGAGGUCGACCAAGCAACUAUGAGAGAAAGAAAGGCCAAAAUGAAUCUUCUUCAUCAACAAAGUUAUCUCGAGAUAGGCGUGUGAUCACCUGUUCUAACUGCCAUGAAGAAAACCACAACAAAGCUACAUGCACAAAUUCCACUGUUGAGCCACCACCAAAAAGGCCAAGAGGACGACCAAGAAUUCAUUUUCAGGGAGAAACAUCGGAAGGGCUGUCUCAAGGACCAUCACAAGAGAUUCCUCAAGGAUCACAAAUAGGAUGAAGUGUUUUCGGCUGUCUUAUGGAAUGCUUUGUCUCAGAUGUCUCAGUUUUAUGUUUUCUGUUUGCGGUUUUCUUGUGUUUUGGAUGCUCUGUUUCGGAAAUGUGUGUCUUAUAUUUGGAUGAUGUGUCUUGUAUCUUGGAUGCUUUUUGGAUGCUUUGUUCUGUGUUUCAGGAUGCUUUAUCUAUGUUAAAGAUGUUUAAGA